GGGCAGCAGGAGAUAAAUAUUCUGGUGCAUUCUUCUCUCCAUCACUUUGUGUCUCUGUCUGCAUCCACAGCAUCUACACAGAAAGGGGGAAUUGAAAUAGCCAAGAUGCCAGAGAAAGCACCUGAGAGGAAAUCUAAAAUCUCAGCUUCUCGCAAGCUCAUGCUGAAGAGCAUGAUGGUGGCCAGGGCCAAGGAGGAGCUGGAGCAGGAGUGGGAAGAAAAAGAGGAACAGAAAGCAAAGUACCUGGAAGAAAAAUCUCCUGCGAUUCAGAUCUGUAACAUGUCCCUACAAGAGCUACAGACGUUAUGUGAAGAGCUGCAUGCCAAAAUAGACGUGGUGGACGAGGAGCGGUAUGAUAUCGAAGCCAAAGUCUUGCACAACACCAGAGAGAUCAAAGACCUGAACAUCAAGGUGGUGGACCUGCGGGGGAAGUUUAAGAGACCCAGUCUGAGAAGGGUGAGGGUCUCUGCUGACGCCAUCCUGCGCUCCCUACUGGGCUCCAAACACAAGGUCUCUUUGGACCUGCGGGCUAAUCUUAAAUCAGUCAAGAAGGAAGACACAGAGAAGGAGAAGACAGCAGAGGUGAGUGACUGGAGGAAGAAUGUGGAGGCCAUGUCGGGCAUGGAGGGCCGCAAGAAGAUGUUUGAUGCAGCGGUGGGCCAAAACCAGUAGCUGGCUUUCAUCUCACAUCAAAUACCAUCACUUGAAAAAAAAACAGGAAGGGCAGAAUAUAGCACAAAACAUGAAUGCAUAAACUCUGGAGCACUUCACAGGGUCACAGAGAGUUCUUGGUAUACUUUACAUCAGACCGGAAUUACGUCACCCAGAGUAGGCUUAUAUGACCAUGCCACCUUUGGGGGGAUAACAAUCCCGCGUCCCUCCCUCCAUGUCUCCAAACUUCUACUUUAAACAAACCGGUAAUAGUAAUAACGCUAUGCCGAAGAGUUGCUGUGUAGUUGGUUGCACCAACAAUAAAUCCAAAAACGCUGAU